UCUCUGUCCUUCACCUUGGGUUAGCCUCGGUUUGGAGAACUCUACUUCCAUCACCAUGUUCUCCCGGACAGCUCAGGUUUUCGUUCCACAAUGCACGCAAGUGCGUGGAAUGGCGACAUUGAAGGAAAUUCGAUUACGUUUGAAGUCGAUCACGAACAUCCAGAAGAUCACAAAGUCUAUGAAGAUGGUGUCAGCUGCUAAGUUUGCAAAAGCAGAAAGAGAACUUAAACCAGCCAGGGUGUAUGGACACGGAGCAAAAACUUUCUAUGAACAUGCUGAAGUAACAGUUCCAGAAGGUGGUAACGCUCAGGUCUUCUUGGCCUUGACAUCAGACAGAGGACUGUGUGGUGCUUGUCACUCAAGCAUUGCUAAGACCAUCAGGACAAAAAUGGGUGAUGCAAGUGUUGCUAAAGAUGCCAAGCUUGUGCUGGUGGGAGAUAAGGCUAAGGCCAUUCUUCAUAAGCCUUUUGCUAACAACAUGUUGCUGUCAUUUAAUGAUAUUGGAAAGACACCACCCGUUUUUAAAGAUGCUGCUACAGUAGCUCAAUCCAUCCUGGACUCCGGAUUCAAAUUUGAUGUAGCCAAUAUGUAUUACAACACUUUCAAAACGGUUGUUUCCUACAAGACAUCAGAGCUACCAUUAUUUACAGCCGAUACAGUAGCUAAUGCGAAAAACAUCUCCUUGUAUGACAGUCUGGAUCAGACAACCCUGGCCUGUUACAACGAGUUUUCCAUGGCUAAUUUAAUCUAUUACGGAUUGAAGGAAUCUGCCUGUAGUGAACAGAGCUCCAGGAUGACGGCCAUGGACGCUGCCAGCAAAAACGCAGGUGAAAUGAUCGAUAAACUGACCCUGACCUUCAACAGAACUAGACAGGCUGUCAUCACCAGGGAACUCAUUGAAAUCAUCUCGGGUGCCGCUGCUCUUUAACGACAGUAAACCAGUACCAACGUAUCUUCAAUGAUUUUAAUUGUGUUUAGUCUACCACUUCGAAGUAGUGUGAUAAUUUCUGUGCAAAUGGAGGAUCAGCAGCAGAGAAACUACUAGAAAGUUAACACAUUCAACUAGUGCUGGAAUUUUGUCUAUAAACAUUUAUUUAAAUGUGUGAUGUGUUGACAGGAAAAAAGAGCAAAAGUUUAUUUGUGGAAAAACCUUAUGAAGUAAAGUUGAGAGUAUAUUUA